GGACGCAGUUGCGUGAGGGUUUUUUUUGCCUUUCGCCGUGCCAUGGAGCAGCGCUUGUUCCUCUCCCGCUCAGCCGUGCAGGUUGAAUUGACCAAAGCAAUGGUUAUGGAGAAGCCUAGUCCCCUGCUGGUUGGGCGGGAAUUUGUGAGACAGUAUUACACACUGCUGAACCAGGCCCCAGACAUGCUGCACAGAUUUUAUGGAAAGAACUCUUAUGUCCAUGGGGGAUUGGAUUCAAAUGGAAAGCCAGCAGAUGCAGUCUAUGGACAGAAGGAAAUCCAUAGGAAAGUGAUGUCACAAAACUUCACCAACUGCCACACUAAGAUCCGCCAUGUCGAUGCUCAGGCCACUCUGAAUGAUGGUGUGGUGGUCCAGAUGAUGGGCUUGCUCUCUAACAACAACCAGGGUUUGAGGAGAUUCAUGCAGACCUUUGUCCUUGCUCCUGAGGGCUCUGUUGCAAAUAAGUUCUAUGUUCACAAUGAUACCUUCAGAUACCAAGAUGAAGUCUUUGGUGGCUUCGUCACUGAGCCUCAGGAGGAAUCUGAAGAAGAAGUAGAGGAACCUGAAGAAAGACAGCAGACACCUGAGGUGGUACCUGAUGAUUCUGGAACUUUCUAUGAUCAGACUGUCAGCAAUGACUUAGAAGAACAUUUAGAAGAAUGCGUUGCUGAACCAGAGCCUGAUCCUGAACCAGAACUGGAGAAAGAAUCUGUAUCGGAAGUCCAAGAGGAAAAGUCUGAGCCAGUAUUGGAAGAAAUUGCUCCUGAGGAUGCUCAGAAGAGUUCUUCUCCAGCGCCUGCAGGCAUAGCCCAGACAGUGAAAGAGGACUUGAGAACCUUUUCAUGGGCAUCUGUGACCAGUAAGAACCUUCCACCCAGUGGAGCUGUUCCAGUUACUGGGAUACCACCUCAUGUUGUUAAAGUACCAGCUUCACAGCCUCGUCCGGAGUCUAAGCCGGAGUCUCAGAUUCCACUGCAGAGGCCUCAGAGAGAUCAAAGGGUGCGAGAACAGCGAAUAAGUGUUCCUCCCCAGAGGGGACCUAGACCAGUCCGUGAGGCUGGUGAGCAAGGUGAUGUUGAACUCCGAAGAAUCGUUAGACAUCCUGACAGUCACCAGCUCUUCAUCGGCAACCUGCCUCAUGAGGUGGACACAUCAGAGCUUAAAGAUUUUUUUCAAAGUUAUGGGAAUGUAGUGGAGCUGCGUAUUAACAGUGGUGGGAAAUUACCCAAUUUUGGGUUUGUUGUGUUUGAUGAUUCUGAGCCUGUUCUGAAGGUGCCUAGCAACAGGCCCAUCAUGUUCAGAGGUGAGGUCCACCUGAAUGUGGAAGAAAAGAAGACUCGAGCCGCCCGGGAAGGGGACCGCUGAGAUAACCGCCUGCAGAGACCUGGAGGCCCUCGAGGUGGGCUGGGUGGUGGGAUGAGAGGCCCACCCCAUGGAGGCAUGGUGCAGAAACCAGGAUUUGGAGUGGGAGGGAGCACUGCUCCGAGGCAGUGA